AUGCUGCUGAUCGGGUCUGGGUGUCCCCGACUCCCACCUCACAUUGCCCGAGACAACAUCUUUGACUCCCACCUCACAUUGCCCGAGACGACAUCUUUGACACGCCUAGAGCUCCAGUUUGGAUCUUCUAAGCUCAAUUUGGUUCAGGAGAGGUCUAGAAGCAGGCCAUCAGAGUGGGAGCAACAGCUCACCCUCAUCAAGACUCAUUCUUCCACCUUCCCUCUACAUCCUCCUGACUUAGCACGUGGAUUUGCCAGCUCGAAGGUGCACGCGUAUUGCUGGCACUCGGCGUCUGCAUUCCCGGAAGCAGCAAGGGCCGCGCGAGCCGCCCGAGCAGCCGAACAGACUCCUGCCUCAGGAGGGCGGAGCACGUUUCUGCCGCAAAGCCCCACCCACACGAGCUUACGUGUCAUUGGCCAGGACUGUCACGUGGUCCUCCCUGCGGCACCAGAAGGGGUGAAAGGCGGGAUUGGCUUCUCCAACCGCGGAAGGACGGCUAGGGAUUGUCGCGUCGGUCCGGCAGCACCGGGGCCAUUGUUGGUGGCCACUCCUGCUUUGCCCAGCCACCACCCCCUGAGCAGCAGGCCCCUGGUGGAUUCUGAGUCUGCAACAUCCUCCCCGCCUCGGCCGCCUGGCGACCCCGACCCUGGUGCAGUGCCUUCCCCGCCCCAGGCCCCAGCCAGCCCUGGCUGCUCCGAGGCAUCCGGGCGACUUCCCCGCGGCCUCAUGCUGGGACAGCAGGCGCUCCUGCCACGAGGGCCCUCGUUAGCUGUCUCUUUGAAGAGCCCAGUGCCCUUGUUCUCCUUCAGGAUGCGGAGGGAAAAGAGGGUCCCUAAUGCCAUCUGGACCGUCGUGGAGAGUCACUCUCAUGUGCCUUCCAUCCAGGCAGUGCCUCCAGGGCCAGGCCUUCACGACCCCGAACCACCUGUAUCCACCCUAUUCAGGAGCCACCUGCCAUUCCUCCUUCAUCUCACAGCUUGGAAGGUGAACCAUGCACCAAGGAAAUGGAAUCUGCAGAGAUGCAUUUCCUGCACCUUAGGCCAUCCCUGCAUCCCUUCAAUCUCAGGAUUCUCCAUCAUCUCCUGCUGGGUGCUCUGAGGACACAGCCUGUGCAGAAACAGAACCAGGCAACACUACCCAGGAGCAUUUGGUGGGUGCUGGGGAAGUACUUCCCCACGAUGCUAAUGAUGGCAACUUGGCGCUGAGAAGCUCGUUAGCAAAAGCAUUGAAGACGCCUGCCAUAGCUUUCAAAUGCUGACAAUCCAUAAAUUGAAAUUAACAACGAAUAAAAAGAUAAGGAAAGCGCACACUCUCCCUCACUCCAGCUUCCGUGGAUGUUCUUAGUUACCGAAAGAGAACUGAAGCAGGAGGGAGAAAGAUCCCGGCUGCGUUCCCCUUGCCACCCUUCUUCCCGCAGGUUUUGCCUUUUCCCAACCGCCUGGCGUGUGUGCAUGUGUGUGUGUGUGUGUGUGUGUGUGUGUGUGUGUGUGUGUGUGCAUGCGCAGAACCUCCCUUCUGUUCAGCUUGCCCCCUUGCCACUCCCCAUUUUGCGAGAUUUCAGCUCACAGUCAAAAUGGGGAGAUGGCCAAAUUGUAAAAGCAACUGCAGGCUGCUGCCGCCCGCACUCAGUGGGGGUGUCUCGAUGCCUCGUCACCGCGUCCUGAGCAGGCCAGUGGGUGCGCGUGUCCGUGCGUUUCCUUCCGCACUGCACCAAAAUACUGUCACUGGAAGGUAGAUGGAGCCGUAAUUACAGCUAACCGUUUGCUAUUCAAAGGCUGUCCUUUUUGUCAGCUUCUACCCUUUGGAAGAAAACGAAGGGAGUUGACAGCAGGGUCAGAUCUUUGCUUUGCGAGGAUGGUUCUGGAAGCUAUGUGGAAAACAGAUCUGAAGGGUGCAUUAGCUCGGGAGGUUGGUGGCUGCUGCAGGUAACUGGGAGAGAGAUGAUGUGGUUGUUCUCUAGUGACCCAGGACUUCCUGUGUUCACACCCUUUUGUGAUGUGGCAUCGCCACUCCUCCGAUGAAGAGGUGUUUAUCCUUCACACCUUUGAAUUUGCCCUCGUCUUGUCACAGGGUUUUAUCAGUAGAGUGCAGUAGCCAUGACCUUAUGUGACUUUCAAGCCUAGGCCUCAAGAGGCCAUGCAGCUUCAGGUUCUCCCUCUUGGAACUCUGAGACCACCAUGCUACCCAGAAGUCAGGCAAGCCGACUGGAUGAUGAGAAACAAGGUGGAGAACUGAGCAUCCCAGUCAGAUAGUCAUUCCAGCAACCCUCCGCCUACAACUGCUAAGUGAGCCCUGGCAAGACCAGCCCACGAACCACCCAUCAGAAUAAUAAAUGAGUGUUGCUUUAGGGUAGGUUUGUGAAGCAGCCCAGAUAACUGAAAUAGACAGUGUUAGUGGGAUUCAUUCAUUCAACAAAUAUGUUGGGGCACCUAUUAUGUGGCAGGCUCAAUUGCAGGUACCAGGAAUCCUGCAGGUGAACAAAAUGGAUGCACGAGCCUGCACUCUAGCGGGGGGUGGACUGGAGAAGGGGUAAGUGUGAGAAAUAUUUAGGGCCUCAUGACUGAGUGAAAAUGGAGGGUGCAGGGGAGAGGAAUAAAGUAUGGCUUCUUGGGUUUCCAGUGUGAGCAGUGAGGGCGAUGGUUGGGCCAUCCCGAGAUAGCAAAGCAGACUGGGAGUGGUCCAGUUUUGAACACAUGUGCACCCAUGCAUGGAACAGCAAGAUGGCAGAUGUAAGGAGGCGUCUGAAGCUUAGGAGGGGUAUCAAGAUAAAUAUUUUGGAGUCGUUUUAUACCGUACAAUUCAGCAAAUAUUUAUUGACUGACAACCAUGUCAAUCAUUCUGAGACACCAGGAAAUACAAUGACAAACAAGAGAUGGUUUAGUGAAAAAGAUGAAAACAUUCGCUGUAGCAAGUGGUUUAACAGAGACAAUGCAGAGCUCUGACACAGACACGGAGAACCGAGAAAUUGAAUAUGGACUGUGGUUGAAAUCAUGACACUGAGUAAGGUUAUCCUUGGACUGCACAAAAGAAGAACAGUGGAUGGGCCAAGGACAAAAUCCUGGGAAAUAUUAACAUUCAUUUUUGUGCUUACCAGUAAGGGAGAAGACAUACAAGAAAGGGUAGGAGAUACUGGGGGCCAGGGAGGGGCAGGAAGAAGACGGGACCAGGGAGAGGAAGAGAAAACAAGUUGCUUUUUUGUCACUGACCAAGGAUUUUAGGGGCAAGAGGCUGGUGAGAAAGUAAUAGGCUAAGCACGUUCAAAUUGUUUCGGGGUUGUUGGUGGAAACUGUUGCAAAUAGGUUCUGAUUUCGCCUAGAUGUGCCGUGGGCUCUCAGAAGCUUUAUGGUGGGGGGUGGGGGGGCACUGAUGGCUGGUCUGCUUCCAAGAGUGCCCAGGAGAGGCUUUCCUUCUGCAAGUCCCUAAGGGGCUCUGAGCCCUGCUGCUACUAUAACAUCGACUGCUUUGUUUUCUCACACGCAACCCUGGAUUCCCUUUUAAAUGGCUGAUUUAUAUUAAUUUUGCUCUUACUCUUUGUUUCUUAAUAUCAGGGAGUCAUCUCAUCUGGGGCCCCAGGUUUCGUGAAGCUGCCCCCAGCGAUAGCCUAUCAUUCCCCACAGGAAGAUGCUCUCCUUCAUGAAGGCAGGACACAGAGAUAACCCCACAGCCAGCUCUUAUUGUCUGCCUGAGGAGGACACGCUAGCCCAAAGAAUUCUGUUAGGAGUUGAAUUGUGCCCCCCAAGAAGUUAUGUUGGGGUGCUAACCUUCAGUACCUCAGAAUGUGACCUUAUUUGGACAUAGGAUCUUUACAGAGGUAAUCAAGCUGAAGUGAGGUCAUUUGUGUGGGCCCCAAUCCAAUAUAACUGGUGUCCUUAUAAAAAGAGAAAAUUUCGACACAGAGACAGAUAUGCACACAGGGAGAACACCAUGUGAGGACUGGAAUACGCUGCUACCAGUCAAGGAACUACCAGAAACUAAGAAAGAGAUUUAGAACAGAUUCUUUGCUAGUGCCUUCAGAGGGAGCAUAGCCCCGCAGACAUCCUGAUCGCCGACGGCUAGCCUCCAAAAGCAUGAGACGAUAUAUUUCCAAGUCAUUCAGUUGUGAUGCUUUGUUGUGGCAGCCCUGACAAAGUAAUACACACAAAGUAAUACAACUUCCAGGUCUUGAAUAUCCCAGAAUUAUUUGAUUGAAUCUUUGAAAUGUAUCAGAAUAGAAUUUUUAUUCAAUGGGAUUCAACUGGAUCAGGAAUUAGGAUGAAUUCAGAAGAGCACUGAGUAAAUUUUAUCUCUGUCUGCUGAAUGAGUAGCAUAAAAGAGGAAGCAUACAUUACUCCAAGAAAACAAAUUGUUUUCAAACUCUCAUUUGGUUUAGAAGUACUUAUUUACAUAUAACUGAGGCACUAACUAAAUGUGGUUUCUUAUUUAUUUACUGCAGUGAUCGCCCUCCCCCCCACCCCCCGCCCAGGGAACAUUCCUGAUUCCCAUGCUGGGUCUCAUAGGCUAGUUGGUAGUUCAGAUGUCUCUUUAACUUAGAUUGACUAGUUGUCUCCUCAGCUAGUCAGAACAGGUAAGAUUUUAUUUUGUUGUUGUUGUUGUUGUUGUUGUUGUUGUUGUUGUUGUUAGAGCAUGCAUGGGGGAGAGGGACAGAGGGGGAG